AUGGUGGUAGACACGACUUAUUAUGAUAUCCUUGGGAUAACACCAACUGCUACUCAAGCAGAAAUUAAAAAAGCCUAUAGAAAGAAAUCUAUAAAAGAACACCCUGAUAAAAAUCCAAAUGAUCCUACAGCUACAGAAAGGUUUCAACAAAUCUCUGAAGCUUACCAAGUGUUGAGUGAUGAGCAUUUGAGAAAUAACUAUGAUCAAUUUGGUAAAGAACAAGCUAUACCAAAGGAAGGGUUUGAAGAUGCAGGAGACUUAUUUUCAGUUAUAUUUGGUGGCGAUGCAUUUGAAUCAUAUAUUGGUGAAUUAAGUCUAAUGAAAAAUAUUCAAAAACAAGAAGAAUUAAGUGCAGAAGAGGAAAGAGAAAAGGCAAGAAAAGAAGGACAAGAGAGUUCGGAAAAUACAGCAGAUAAAGAAAAAGAUUCUAAAUUAGAUAAGAAAUCAACAAAUCAAAGUAGUACUGGUGGUGGUAGUUAUAGUGGCAAUAACUAUAAAGAAGAAGUUCAUGGUGAUAUCUUCCAUCCUGAACUUUCAAAAUCUAGCACAAGACCAAACACAGAUACUAAUUCUACCAAUCAUAGUAGUGAUGAAAAAUUACUUCAUGGUAGUACGCUAGAAUGUUCUUCUUCGAAUGUAGAUAAAUCGGAAGUUGAAGAAGAAAGGAAAAAAACUAAACAAGAAGAAUUUGAGGAAGAAAAUCGAUUACAAACACAAGAAAAGGUAAAUAAAUUAAGUCAAAAUUUGAUCGAGAAAUUAUCUAUUUUAACUGAAAGUGUAUAUGAUGACGAGUGUAAAAUCUCGUUCGUCAAAAAAUUUGAAGCAGAAGCUAAUAUUUUAAAGAUGGAAUCAUUUGGACAAGAAAUAUUGCAUACAAUUGGGGACAUAUAUGUUGAAAGAUCUCGAAUUUAUAUUUCUAAACAAAAGAUGUUUGGCAUUGGUAGUGUUUUCCAAUCUAUCAAGGCCAAAGGUGGGUUAUUUAUGGAUGGUGUUCGUACAGUGAGUGCUGCUUUAGAUGCACAAAAUACAUUAAAAGAAUUAGAGAAGAUGAAAGAAGAAAAUCAAAGUGAAGUACCUAUAAUUGGUAAAGAUGGUAAAGAGAGAAUUAAGCCUACAAUGGAGGAAGUUUCUAAAAAAGAGCAAAUAUUAAUGGGGAAAGUGCUAUGGGCUGCAUGGCAUGCCACUAAAUUUGAAAUCACAGGGAUAUUAAGGAAAGUAUGUGAUAAAGUGUUGUAUGAUGAGAGUCUUGAUUUAAAUAGCCAAUUUAAAAGAGCAGAAAGUUUGAAAUUAUUGGGUAAAGUAUUCCAAAAUACUGUGAGAACUAAAGCUGAAGAAGAAGAAGCUCAUGUAUUUGAAGAAUUUGUAGCAGAAGCUAUUAAAAAGCAUAGUAAGCCUGCACAUGCUAAUAAAUAG